CGUACACUACUUACGAUUUGGAGGAAGCAAAUUGCAAGUUUCAACUUGCAGCUUGUUUAACGUGAGUCCUCAUGCCUCUCACAACUUGGGGUCCUUCAUACUGUAGAGAACGCAUGUAAGAAUAAAUCUCUUGCAUGAUCUCUUCGGGCCUAAUAUUUUUGAAUCGGCUGAAAUUCAAAAAUACUAGCACUUUAGAAUGACAUACUCCCGGAAUAUUCUAGAACCCUUCUGAAGUAUUCUGUAUGUCAAUGAUAAACGUGUUAAAACCUUCAUCCAAUAAAGGUUUGCACCAGUUUAAACGAAUAAAAGGAUAUUUGCGGUCAUUUUUCAUCUACAUCAAGAAAUGAUAAACCAAAGUGUGAAUUAAAAUUUUAAAAUAGGAAAAGACGCAAAAUGGAUAAUAGUGCACAGCAGCAAAAUGGACCACUUCCUAAUUUGUGGUCUAGUUUGUCAACAGUAACAACGUUUGACACAGGUAAUGAUACUUGGACAACAAGACGAAUAGAUGAUAAUGCAGAGGCUAAAUCUGCUACUGGACAAAUUGUUGGCAGAGCUUCUCCAUCUACUAGUAUUCUUAUUGAAUCUCUUAUACAACAACUUUGCACAAUGUUUGAAGGAGAUGCAGUGCGCAGAAACAAACUGUAUUAUGCAAUAUGUGAUAGACUUCAUGAGAUGAAACUCAUUGAUGGCUCUUAUAAUAUGAGAGAAUUGGAAAUUAUUAGAGGGCAAUACCAAAGAGCAUUGUAUCAUCUAGUCACAGUUGCCAGAGCUUCAACUGGUAGUGAAAGUGCUUUACAAGUUCCUAGCUGUCUUAUGGCAGAAUGGUCACGUUAUCGUAGAGAAUUUAAAGAAAUCGGUUUUAUAGCUGCUGGAGGAUUUGGUCAUGUCUUCAAAGCGCUUCAUCGGCUAGAUGAGAUCGAAUACGCUGUGAAGAAAAUCAUUGUACGUUCAGACAGAUUGAAAACCAUCAUGCAACAUCUAGCUGAAGUGAAAAUGAUUGCCAAAUUGAAUCAUGCGAACAUUGUGUCGUACAAAGGUGCUUGGAUUGAACCGACUUUACCGCCGCCAUUCGUAACAACGUUAUUGUCGACAACACAAGACAAAAUGAGUCAUCGAAACUCGAAAAAUAUUUCGAAUUCUAUAUCAUCUUAUAGCCGGAGUCAUAGUAGUAACCGAAAUCACAGUCGCAAUCGAGGUCGAAAAAAAAACGGUACAGUUAGAGUUCUUGAAGAAUCAAGUUAUCAAAGUGUAAAAAAAAGUGAAUGCUUAGAUGAUAAUAUUGCCAAGUCUAAGAACAUUACCAAAUCGUAUUCUACUAAUGAAAGGACAUAUUACACCGGUAUGUACUGUGACGUUAAUAGUAACAAAACGUCGAAAAAAAGUGGUAAUUCUGGUGGCUACAUCGUUAGCCAUGAUAUUAUAAAUGAACGAUUUCGUCAAUUGAAUACCACAACUACUAUUAUAGGAGAGCGCAUUAUCGAAACGAAUAAUUCCACAAUAUCAAGAGAAUCGUAUUCUGACGUAGUAUCGUUUAGAAAUGAUACAGAGGGGAAUGAAACUCAAAAUGCUGGUGACUGGUCCAUCAUGAACAAUGCUGAUAAAAUGAACACGUAUGAGAACAGUAGUGAGUCAGAAUCUUUUGAAGAAUCUGUUAGUGACCGUAGAAUAUGCCAAUACAAUUCCUCAAAGAAUUGGGAAUACACCACGCUAUACAUUCAAAUGACGCUUUGUGAGAAAACUCUUCAACAGUGGCUCCAUGAAAGGAAUGAACCCACACCAGAAUCGGUUGUCACUGCCAUUGUAACACAAAUACUUUAUGGGUUGAACUACAUUCAUUCCUUGGGCAUUGUUCACCAUGAUAUCAAGCCUAGCAACAUUUUUAUUUUAACAUCAGGUCAUCUGCAAAUUCAACUAGGCGACUUUGGAUUGGCUUGUCCUUUGCAAAGAGAAAGACAUUCAGUGUGCGGCACGAAAAUGUAUGCUGCACCAGAGCAAUUACGUGGCAAGUGCGAUCCUAAGAGUGAUAUUUACAGUUUGGGAAUAGUCCUACUUGAACUUUUAGUUUUCACAAAAACUUUCAUGGAACUUGAUCAUAUAAUUCAGGCUUUAAAAGCAGGACAAAUACCAACUAGUUUGACAACGAAUUAUCCAAAAUGGGCUCGGUUAGUACAACAGUUAGUACAAAAAGAUCCAAAUAAACGGCCCAACACAAAACAACUCUUACAAGAAUUAACAGAAGAUAAAGAGGUAACAAUAGUUAGAUUGAGAGACGAAAAUGAAAAGAAGGACAAUUUGAUAGAACAAUUGCAAAACGAAGUUGCCAUAUUGAAAGCUGAGAUAGUUAAGCUCAAGAUUUCCAAAGAAGAUACGUAGAAAUAAUUACAAGCUUUCUUAUAAUCGAUAUAGAGCAAGAUAUUUUGUAUGCUAGGAAUUCGUUAAUAUUUUUUCGAUAUUCUUAUUUUCCGAAGUUUAAAGAUUGAGGGAAUUUUUUUUAUAAUAGUUUAUAUGUAGAAUCAAAGUGAUAGUCGAUUUUCUUAAAUUAUUCUUAAUAGGACUCUGGAACUCUUAUUGCCAUGCGAGUAAAAUAUAAAUGAAAAUCGUAAAUAACAGGUUUUUGACAGAAAUUCUUUUCAAAAGCGAAAUUCAACUCACAUUCUGCAAGGGGUUACAAUCAUUCUGACACAUCUUUCGCAAUAAUUAACUCAAAACUCAAAGAGUAGUCCAACCUAAAAUUUGUGUUAUCAAUAUGAAUAAUGCAACAAAUUUCAGAUCGCAUUACUCUUUUCGUUUUGGGUUGACUAUUGUAACUGUGAUGUAAAAUGAUUGUUAACCUUGCCGAAUGUGUACCAUUCUUCUCUUUGGGAACGAGUCUGUACAAAAAUCUUGUGAUUUACGAUUUUCAUUAAUAUUCUAUUCUCAUAGUGCAUAGCAAAUAAAAGAUCCGGAGUCGUCUUAAUAAAGUAUUUUACGAAUCUUCAGAAGAUGUAAAAAUCUUAACUGCCAAAAUGACUGAAUAUCGCAAUAAUAUAUAUGCAAAUAUAGAAAACGGCGGCUUUCUGCUACACAAAUCCGUGAAUAUUUUCUAUGAAAA